GGGGCCGGCAUCGCCUAAACGGGCGAUGCGCAUAGCCCGUUUGGGCGAUGAUGGCCCCGGGCGCUAAACCCCAACAGGAAGUCCCUGGCCGCCGCUUUACCGCACCAAAAUUACCAGAGCGGCAGCGUAACGGCGUUACGGCGCACGGCUCACUGUGGCACUCCCCUUAGCGCGGCAAUCCCCACCGGACUCGCCGGGCUCCACUGUGAUUCGCGAUUGGCUUCUCUCCCAGAGUAUACCCAAGGACGCAUCACCCACCGCCAGCCAGAGUCACGGAGAACGGACGGUGCAAAGUCCUGUUGCCAGACCGUGCCGGACAAGCGACACUAUAAAUCCUACUAUGUCUCUCUGUACUCCCAUCCCCCUUUUUUCUCGUCAAUCCAUCCAUGCUUUGCUCCUCCCUUUCGUUCAAUGGCGUACUCAGGUCUCCCCAGGCAAAGAAGCGCACGACGUCGAGCAGAGACCUCUGAGCGGAAGUCGCACCUCUACUACGCGAGGCGACGGGAGCGACACCUUGCUAGUGGACCAACGCUGCCCCAAUAUGCACCGAAUACAAACAUCUCCGCCGCCUCACUACGAGGCAAGUGGAAUCGAUUCUGUCUAGAGGCUGCACUCGAUCCUGAUGAGUUGCUCAGGAAGCUCACCGCUGCGGAUGUCAAGGCCUGGUUUGACUGGAUCAAAGACAAUUUCCGGGGUUCGAUCAGAGCCGACGGAACCCUCGCCAACUACUGGAGGACGCUGAAGAGGCUUUAUUACCUAAAGAAUGGUAGAGACAUGGAUCCUGACAUGCGCCGGGACUGUCUUAACUACAAGAAUCAGGUCAGCAAGGAGAUGGGCUUGCGGAAGCUUCCAUUACCGAAACCUACUGCUGAUUGCAUUGACCUCCUGGAGUUCCAGGUCACACACCUUGUCCAUUGUGAUUCAGUGUUCGCGGAUGAGAAGCAGCGUCUCUAUCCGCUGGUUGGUCUUAAUCUAUCAAGCAUCUCAGCCUGUCGGGCAGUCUCGCUAUUCGACACGAGACACGCGGUAAACCCUCGACCUGACGGCACGUUCGGAGCGCCAGGGGAAGAGGUAGCGACCGAGGAGGAGCACGAUAUGAAUUCAGCCGACAGCUUGAGCGAUGGAUUUUUAAGCGAUUCAGGCUACGACACAGGCGUCAGUGGUGGCCUGGGUGAGAUGGAAGAAUUAACAUCCGAGAUGGACGACGGCGAAUUGGGCCUGGAUCACGAGGAUAACGAUGGCUACACUUCGGACGGUUCCACCGUGACGGAUGACGGCUAUCUUGCUGGGAAUGAGGAAACUGGCACUAUCCUGUGGAGACAUGUCGAAUUCUACAUUCUCCGCAAUCCUGUGCGUGGGCGUCGUAAUCUGCUGACUGCCAUUGUGACCCUGCUUCACACCAAAGGAGAAGAUCGAAAGCCGCGAAUAAAGAGGUUUGCUAUCGAGCACGAGGACAACCUUCUGUUCGACCUCCUCUCACAGCUCUUGGCACUGGGAAUAGACGACGAUAUAUUUGUGGCUACGAUCCGGGAUGUGGCGGACAUCUAUACAGUGCCACUCCCCCGUCAUCGAAGAGGCAUCCGCCUGAAGAUCAAACGAGACAAGUUGGACCUCCCCAUAUUUCGCGAGCCCGAACGCACUGAAGAGGGCUACCGCACGUCUGUUCUGCUGGCACUCAGAGCGAGAACCUGGGCACGCUAUAUUAAAAAGAUCGGGAGGAAAACGGGUCAGGAGGAGAAUCUGACACAGAAAGAGGUCCGGCGUGGCGCUAUUAACGCAAUCAAUAAUCGGGCCCCAGCCUCGGUUCGUGAUCAGGUUGCUGACCACGAGUCUAACGCGGUCAAAUACUAUCUGAAUGAGAAGGUUGAUUUUGACACGGCGGCUGCUUUUCACAGACGAGCGUCCAACGAGGUGGUGCAGAGGGAAAUGCGGACAGCCACUCUGGUGGCAGAUAAUACGGCCCCGAUUCGCCUGACCGAAGAGCAAUCACGCCAAAUCAGCAAUCAUCCCAAAGCCCGACGGCUGCGCGCACGAUGCCAGCAGCUGACUUUAAAGAUCCAUCAACUUGGAUUUACCGUCAAGGAGGCUCAACAUGGUGAACUCGAGUUGCGUCUGGAUGAGGAGGAAGACACCAAGGCUAAAAGACUUUGCGAAGAAGCCUUAGAGCUCGGUCGGCAAAAGAAAGAAGCAGAUGCUGAGUUAAAUCGGACUCUCACUAAGCUCCGCGAAUCAGCCCUGGAGAAAAACAGGAAACGACAUUUCCGGAAUACCGACACGGAAAUUUUUAACCGGCAUUAUGAAGCUCAGCCCUGCGAUGAGGAAAGUGAACAACGGAACAUACAGCCAAAUUACUCCAUCCCGGAGCGAGAAGAGGUAGUUCGGUUGCUCUGCUACUCAUCGGCGCCGCAGACAGACGAGGAGGCCCAUCUUCGUCGAUUGGAUUUCAUCCGCCUCAUGGUUCGGUGGCAGCGUCGGAAAGAGAGCCCCCGCCGUGGGAAGCAAGCAAGCGCUGUUAUUUCCCAUCCGGAGUGGGGGACAACGACAAGGGAAACCACCCCAGCAGCCAUUUCCGAGAAAUAUGAUGCUCUGCAGUGCCCGUUCUGUCUGUCAGACCGAAGCUUACCUCCUAUUGACCGUGAGAGGAAAAAGAGCAAACGCAAUAAACUAUGGGACCAUGUGGAGAACAUGCACAAACUCGAACUCGCAGUAUUUGAUGAUGGCACGAAACCUUGUGGAUUAUGUGGCAUGAGAAAGGUUCACUUUGUCCCUCCGAGCGUGACACACUUCAAAAACCAUACCCAGAAGGUCCAUGGAAUCCGGCUUCGCCCUUGAUAUGUGCCUUCAUUAUACACAUUAUCACCAACAGGCUUCCUCAUCUGGAAUACCUGCUUUCUGAUAGUAUGAAUCUUGCAUUCUUUCUCCUUAUACUCUCUCUUAUUGAUGGUCAUCUUCAAGUGCUCUGCCAGACAGAGAUGCUUACAAGCGUCGGCUCGGUCGCCCUGCCACACAAGGUGAAAUAAAGUAGUAGAAGAACUCGAAAGGGUUCACAGGCACAAUGAAGCUUACGCUCUGUCCAUGCCGUUCUUUAUGCCUCAGCAGAUACACAAACGCCCUCGACGCCAGUUCACAACACUUAUCAACUCCAACUUCGUCAAGCAACUCCAUGGUUUAGUUGCUAUAGGUCGCUAAUGGUCAUAUUAGCACGCCUCGAAAUGCAAAGCCACUAAAAAACACCUAUCCCGCUAGCGAAACCAUCCAUUUUCAUUGUAGACUAUGGAGCUAUCAUCGAUGUAGUAGUUUGGGCUUGCAUUAAGCGGAGAAAUACCGCAACAAGCCGCAAGAUGAGUGGGUGAUCCGCUAGUCGUUGAUUGCGCGGACUAUUGUGCAUAUGUGGUAAAUAGAAAAAAGCGGACUAGUCACGCCUCCUGCGGGUUAUCUCGCGCACGCCACCUGGUGGUAGACCAGCCGAUCCGGUCUUAUGCGUCGGGGUCACCUCACCUUCAUUACCGUAAACCGAUAUGGUGCUUCCAUUUCGUCGCCUUAGCCUGGAAUCCGACCCGAUAUUCUUAUCCCAUGAAUGUCCGGCGAUGUGGGAGGAAAUGGUAUCCGUUCGAUCCUCCACGCUGCCAGGAGGGUUGAGAUAGUCAGUGGAAGCUCGCGCCGGUUUUGGUCGGGGGCAGAGACGCGGAGGCCCAAAGGGUGGUAAGGCCAUGUAUGAGCCCUCAAGCGGUUGCUCCUCGGCUUCGUUAUAGUCUUUCUUGUUAGAGUAUGAUUCAUCCUCGGAUCCGGUUCCCGACCCGCAGGGGGGAGAAGGGGGAGUGGGUGGUUUAGGAGAUGAUGGGUGAGACGAGGCUCUCUGCCAUGGAUGAGGGGCGCUCACAGGGCCGGAGGAGGUCUUUUGUUCGGAAGGCGCCUCCUCGUCCUCUGCUAAAUCUACCACUUCUGUCGGAAAUAUUGCAUCUCCACUCCCUUGGCUCGGGGGAGAGGACGGUGGAGUAAGCCGUGACAGGUGGUCUGGAGUAGGAGAUGAAAGGGGCGGUGUGGAGUCCAUCGAGGAUGGGCUAUCUGGGGGCCGAUUGUUUGGCACGCGGGAUAUCUCUUUUUUCAAGCUGCGUAUAACCUUCUCCCCAAAAUGAUUUCGGUCAGAAUUGGGUUUAUGUGAAGCUGUUUUUUGUUGUUCAAAGAACUGCUGUUGCGCCCGCUGGGCUUUCUGGAGUUUGUCAAAAUCGAUUCUGAGCAUUGCCAUGAACGACUGUCUAUGAAGUGCCUUGUUAAUGAUGGCUAUGGCACAGGCGAAG